AGAAUAUUGAAUAUUUCUUUUCAACUUGGCUGAAGUAUAAUUGUAUGCAGCCUAAAAAGAAAGUCCCAAUCGUAUUGGGAGAGAGUAUAACAAAGGAGGACAAGGAACGGUUACUGUUGCGCUAUUCUUUUCUACCUCAGGGAGUGAAUCGUGAGAAAAGCGGAAUAGUAUCCAUAGAACCCGAAGGUGACUCUGCUUUUGUAGAGUUUUUUGACGAUUUUGAUAAACGAGGAUAUGGAAAGUUGUGCGGCUCGUUUAAGUAUUCCGCAAAGAAUGAAUUUAUUGUUGAAUUUCGUGAUGGGAAGUUUGUGAUAGAAAAGAUUGGAGCUUAUAUCAAUCAUUUGAAUGUUCAGGCAGUAGAUGAUGUUUAUCUAUGUUUGAUUGAAAUAAUAACUUGGAUGGUACACUGCUGA